GCUAUGUUUUCGAACACCGCCCAUGAGUGGGUUCAUUUUAUAAGAUACUGCAUUCGUUUGCAUGAGAGGCGCGUGGGAGCGCUUGCGUUCGACGCGCUGCCCGAGAAGUGUAUCGCCGGCUCCAAACACACUCACUUAGUCUGUAACAUAUGCUGUCAGGUUCACGACCCUGAACAGCCGGCUAGUAUAUGUUCAUAAUUACAUACGUUCAAACGACUGUUUGUCUUCCAAGUAACGAUAUCGUGGUUGCGGCCGGCAAGGCUCUUCACGCAGGCUUUACACGCCCGAGAACGUGAUUUCAUGCCAUCCAAUCGUU